AAAGAUGAAGACAAGUAGAAAAUUCUACAGGACUGUGUGAGAACCCAGAGUUACAGUCUCCUGGGAGUUUGUGAGCACUCAGCUGGAACCAACAGGCUGAUCCACAGGCACAGGGUUGGCGGCACCAUCAAAUCACAACCAUGGCCAAGCAGACCAUCAUAGUUCUGACACCAAAUGGCAUCAACUUCCCCCAAACAGAGGAACCCAAACCCACCAACCAGAGGCAAGACAGCCUAGAGAAACAUCUAAAGGCAGAUGUCAAAGUUCUUGGGGCUCAGAGCAGUGUGGCUGCAAAUAUUCUGAGCUCUCUAUGUGCUCUUGUGGGUUUUAUUCUCCUCUCUGUCAGCCUGGCUGCUUUGGAUCUUGCCUUUUGGAAGUGUGACUUGAACAGAGAGGACAAAGUACCUGAAGGGUAUUCACUUUUCCAUUAUAUGCACCCAUAUGCUAAGGAUGACUGUUUCAUGGCCAAAACCACUUUGGCUGGAACUCUGUCUGUGAUGCUGAUUUGCACGGUGCUGGAGUUCUGCGUGGCCGUGCUUGCUGCUGUGGUUUGGUGGAAACAGGCUUACUCCGACUUCACUGGGAGUGUGCUUUUCCUGCCUCAGAGUUACAAGAAUAAAUCCAGCAUACUCGCAAAAGCAUUUUCUGACCCUGGAUAUGAAGAACUAUUGACUUCCUAGGGGAAAUUAUUCGUCAGAAAUUUGGUUUUUUGAUGAUAUAUAAAAACCAACCAAAGAAACUCAAGAAAGCAAAGUUUGAAUUCUCUGAAAUGUAGGCUUUUAUAUAAUGAACAUUGAAAAUAUGUAUCUUUAAAAGGAUGCUGUAAUUUAAAAGACCAC